UCAUCUAUCAUCCUUAUUUUUAAAAAAUUUUUUUUUUAUCUCCUCCCAACGCAUAUUAAUAUGAUUGCUUCACGAACAUUGUUUACAUUUUCUAAUGUUUUGCGAACAAGAUCACGUUACUUAAUACAGCUGAAAUAUCGUUCUACACAUGCGCGAAGUUAUACAAGUCCUGUUACAAAAUUUUUUGAGACUAUAAAUGAAGAAAUAAAAAAGAAUAAGGAAUUACAACAAAAUGUGAAAUUGUUACAGGAUCAGGCAGGACAAUUAAGUGAAUCUGACGCUCUAAGAAAAGCCAAGGAAGCUUAUAUAAAAGCAAAGGAAGGCGCGGAAAAUACCACAACACUGGGAUCGGAGAAACUUAAAAAAUCUAUGGAUGAAAUUAAAAAAUCUGCUGAGAAAGUUGGAUCAGCAGUAUCAGACACAUUCGAAAAAGUUAAUGAAACUCCUUUUGUUAAAGAAAGUAAAGAAAAGAUAUCUCAGUUUUCAGAUAAAGUAUCUACGACAACUGAACCAAUAAGACAAACAAGGGUUUACACAAACAUUCGCGAUUCUUUGAAAGAAACUGUUGGGGAUGAUUCAAUGAGUUAUGGUGGGUUUGUUGAUAAAGAAACAAGGAAGAAGAUGAAGGAGCAGGCCUUGUCAAAAUCGAAAUCGAAAGUAGUUGAAAUGAAUCCAGAAGCUGGAUCAUCUAUGGUGUUGCAUAAAGACUCGGCAUGGAAAGAAAGUUGGAAUAAGAUUAAAGAAACCAAUCCAAUUAUUCAAGGAAUUUUUAAUAUGAAAAAAAGUUAUGAAGAUAGUGACAAUAUUUUCAUUUCAUAUACUAGGGCUUUCACGAGUACACUAGGGUCACUUUUUGAGGAAAAUGAAACGGCUCAAGUUAUGACACAAAUGAAGAUGAUUGAUCCACGUUUUAAUUUAGAAGAUUUCAUGAGGGAAGCAAGAGAGUAUAUAAUACCCGAAAUAAUGGAGGCAUAUUUGAAGGGAGAUACAACCACAUUAAGAGAAUGGUGCUCAGAAGCGACAUAUAAUGUAUUAACACAUGGUAUCAAAGCACAAAUAAAACAAGGUCUUAUAAGUGAUUCAAGAAUUCUUGAUAUAAGAGAUGUGGAGUUUGUAACAGCUAAACUUCUUGAAAAUUUAGAAAUUCCAGUAUUGGUAAUAUCCUUUAAUACUCAAGAAGUAAUUGUAUUUCGUGAUCGAUUAACAAAUGAAAUAAAAUAUGGAAGUGAAGAUCAAAUUGAUCAAAAUACAUAUGGUUGUGUAUUUACAAAACAGGAAGAUAGAUUAAUGGAUCCAGUAACUAAUGGGUGGAAAAUGAUAGAUAUAGCAAAAAAUAGAUCACAGAGAUUAUUAUGGUAGAAAAAAUUUUUUCAAAAGGUUAUUUUAUUGAGUUUUUUUAAUGACCAAAAUAAAGACUACUAAAAAAUAACAUUUCUCUGAGAUUAAAAAUCAGAGAAUUAAUUUA